AUGUCAGGCGUUGGCGGAGUUGGCAAGAAAAGCAGCAGUCGGUCCGUGGCCACUAAAACGCUGAUCAUCCAAGAGUACAAACGUAGGCUUCGCGACAACAUUCGCUCGCUCAACGACAACUUCAUCAACAUUUUGAACGCUACUAAGAUCAGCACAGACGAUGCCGCUCAUAAAAAUAUUUGUAAAAUGACGGAAUACUACACAAUAAAAAAUGAAAUGGCUGUGCGUGCUGCCCUCAUCGUAAGAGCAUGCGACGAGUUGUUGAAGUUGACAAAUGACCUGAAAGAAUUUUUGAUUCUUCACGACUUCAAUUUCCUAACCCACUCAAUAAAAGCAGCGGAGGAAGAGUGUGAUCUAAAGAUGAAAGCUCAAAUUCAAAAGCAUAAUGCCGUUCGUCUUGAUGUAGCCAACCUACUCGCUGACAUGGACAAGGAAAUAAUGGAUCAUUUCACGUUCCGACAUUAG